UGGGCGGGUGGCCGCCCGCGGAGCCUCGGGUGUUCAUCCCUCUCCCUUCCCUGCCCUCCGCCCGGGCUGGAGAUGAGGGCGCGGCGACGCCAGCAGCAGCAGUAGCGCUGAGGCCGGAGGUGAUGGUUCACCUGCUCAGUUGCACCAUGCCUCAGAAGUUACUUAAAAGUGCCCACUUCAUUGAAUUAGGAAAUUACCACUAUUGGCCUGUGCUUGUACCACGAGGUAUCCGUCUGUAUACCUAUGAACAAAUUCCAUCUUUUCUUAAGGAUAAUCCUUAUAUUACAGAUGGAUACAGAGCUUACCUACCUUCCAAACUGUGUUUAAAGAGUCUUUUCAUCCUUUCUAAUGAGACAGUGAAUAUUUGGAGUCACCUUCUUGGAUUUUUCCUGUUCUUCGGUCUUGGUAUUUAUGAUAUGACUAUUGUACUUCCUGAAGCAAAUGCCUCCAGAGAUGAUUAUGUUAUAUAUUCUGUCUGUCUCUUCUGCUUCCAGGUUUGCAUGCUCUGUUCAGUGGGAUAUCACCUGUUCUGCUGCCAUCGCUCUGAGAAAGCCAAUCGUCGCUGGUUGGCCCUUGAUUAUGCUGGGAUUGCCAUAGGGAUUUUGGGCUGUUAUGUUCCUGCAGUGUUCUAUGCCUUUUACUGUAAUGAGAUAAGCUUACAAUUCCUGUUUCAAAAAGGGAGGAAGACAAAGGAAGUACAAGCCGUUUUGGCGACAGGUGUACUUAAUAAUGGUGCUGGCUAUGAUAUUGGCAGUAUUCUUUGCACAAAUACAUCCCUAUUACCUCACUCAGCGGUGGUACAGCUUGCGUGCACUCAUUUUUUGCUGUGUUUCUGCGUAUGGGUUGAUCCCAACAAUUCAUUGGAUUUGGCAGAAUGGAGGGAUGAGUGCACCCAUAGUUCAGGCACUUGUUCCACGCAUAUUUGUGAUGUAUUUCAUGGGUGCAGUGGCUUUUUUUCUCUACGUCACAAAAAUUCCAGAAAGAUAUUUCCCAGGGCAGGUGAACUACAUUGGUUCUAGUCAUCAGUGCUGGCAUGUCCUUGUUGUCCUGAUGUUUUAUUGGUGGCACCAAACUGGAGUGUAUAUUACACAGUAUAGACACAACCAGCCCUGUUCUGAAUUAAUCAGUACAUAGAAGAUGCUGUUAUGUAAAUUUCCUUAAGUGCCUAUUGAGAAUCUGUAGUCAUACACUGAGUGGGGAAGAGAGCAUUUUUUUUAAUUGUUCAUUUGAUAAUUGUUCUGUGCAUGCAUAGACACUUUAUUUAAAUAACAAAUGGAUAUUUGGCUUCCUGACUUGAGCAGUCAAAAUUAAUUAUUUUGCCAUAGCCUUUGAAGGCAUCUUUAACACCCAUAAAGCAAUUCUUGAAAUGUAUUUAAAACUGGAAAAUCAGUGUACACAUGACUUAAUGGCCAGGACUUAAUUUUAUUUAAAGACAAGUUGUUGGUUGACCUGUAAGGUUACUUAGAUGGCAUUUUUAAAACUGUUGCACUGUAUUUUAUUAGUCCUGCUUGGAAGGCCAAGGAUUCUUAGGGGGUCAGCUCAUACAUUUGGUUAAUGGUUGGGCAAAAUUAAGCUUCACUACCAUUUUUGUAUUCAUGCAAAUUUGAAGCCACCUUUCAGCAAUGCAAUUAUAAUGUUUCUGAGCUACUUAGUCAAGUUUGCUGAGAAGACUAAGUCCCAUUUCCACAUAACAUGGAAAAUGAAAGGGCAAAACUUAUUGAAGUUAAAGCACAUGGAUAUAGUAUUGUCCUAAAGAAUAGAAAUGGGAAAAGAACUGGUACUUAUUUAAAAUUACCAGGCCUGUAAUGAUCAGGGAAACAAUUAGAACAUGUAUUUAAUGUUGAAGUAUAGCAUUUUCAGAGAAUACUAUUAUAAUGGAUGUCACUGGCUUGAAGUGACUCAGCUGUACCACAAUUACUUCAGGUGUUUUAAGUGACAAAAUCUAAUUGGGACUCUACUACAGAUAGAGAGUACAUCCAAUACUUUGUGCAGUAUAAUUCACACAAAGUUAAGGGAGAAAGGUGGUUACCACCCACCCUUCUACUGUUGUACAAGUGAGGAGGUGAAGUAGGCAACUAAUUCAUCCUUUUAAACUGGGCCAGGCCAAAUAUUAGAGCAGAGCAAGGUUAUAGUUCUUCAUCAAAACAUUAUGUCUGUCAUGUUUACCAAAAUACAAAUUUAGGUAACUACAAAGUAUUACUGAACACUUGAUGAUUUGUAUAUUUUUACAAACAUAUCCAGAGCAUCAAUUAUAAAAAUCAAUUUAUGGGUUAAGUGCAAUUUUUUAAAAAAAUUUUUGCAUAGAAAAUAGUUUACCAAAACAACCACUGUUCUUUUGAAUAUCUGUUUUGUUGAAAUAACCAUUUUUCUUGUUUUCACUCUUACAUUUUUACUACUUGCCCUCAGGACAAGCUGGAAAAUGUAGCUACUAAGUUUUUUUUUGGUUUUUGCGGGGUGGGAGGGGGUGGGAAGAAAGAUUGGUGGGGGAAAGAGUUGGGUUCACCCUAACGUGAACUCUGCUUUUCCUGUGACUCAGUGCUGGUUUUGUCAAAUAAAUUUUUUUCAACAAAGCUGAAUUAUUACUGAUUUGCAUCAAUUCUUUCAAAAUCCACAUUAAUUACAAAAUGUCUAUCAAGUCCACCAUAACAAAAAAACAAGUUCAAGGCAUCUUCCUGCACUAGGCAGUUCAUCCUGCUUGAUUUACUCACAAUGCUUAUGGCAUUGAAAAAAUGUAGAAUACCAAGAUGCUUAUUCUUCCCCUGCAUCUCUCUCCCUCCUCCCUCUUUAAACCCUCCCACCCUCAAGCAAAAUCAAAAGUAACUAGGCAACAUGUUAAAUAAGUAGUUUCUGUAAGUUGGGCAGGGUACACAAUCAAUUAUUUUGCAUUAAAUUUCCAAAGCUGAACUUCAGCCUCUUACUAACUUAAAAUUCCACAAUUACUCUAGGAACCAAAAACAAUGAACUUAGCACUCAAGGUGCUUAAAUAAAAUUUCCUUACUCAAGACAUUUAACCAUAAUUUCAAGUGGAAUUUAUUGCAGGUAUCAAUGAAUAAAGGGAGUGUGGCAAUCCAAUCUCUCCAACUGUUAAAUUUUCAUUUAACAAUACAGUUUGCAAAGAAAGUAAAUAUGAGUGAAGCUCCCCAUGUGUUAUGCAGUGGAAAGAAAACCACUAAAUAUAAAUGAUAGAUUUAACAAAUUUUAAACUAUUAAUACAAAAAAAAGAGACUCAAGUCUCCAAAUCUGAAAAGUGCACUUUAACUGUAUCGCAGCAAUAAAAAGACUAUGUACUGGAUGUUUGAUUUCCAUUCACACAAAAGCAGCCUGGCCAAAUGCAAGCAUUAAAACAUGACAGACUUAAUACAGGGGCACUUAGACUCCAGUUUUAAGCAUAUAGUUGUCUGGCUUAACCGUGGCUGCAUAUUAUCACAUUACAAACAGCAAAACAUGUGGCAUGAUAC